CUGGAGCUCCCGUCCUCCUGCGAUGAAGCUACAAAUAUUUUGCGAGUCCGUUCGAAAGUUGUGACCCUGCAGUUACGCAUCUCCUCUCAUCAGUCGGCCCGUAAAGAUUCGCUCCCUCGUCCAUUGUCGCCCUUGAAGACUCUCUCGCCUCUACCUCGCCCCUUUCCCAAGCAUACCAAGAAAUGGGUUCCGUCACAAUGUCUCCUGCAAAUGGGGCUUCUAACAUCUCCUUCAUCGGAGCAAUCGAUCAGGGCACCACGAGCUCACGCUUCCUGAUCUUCAAUUCAAGGGGCGAGGUUGUCGCGACGCACCAGCUUGAGUUCAAGCAGAUGUACCCCGAGCCUGGCUGGCACGAACAUGACCCCGAGGAGCUUGUGACCUCGGUCGAGCAGUGCAUCGACGGCGCAGUGCAGGAUUUUGAGACUCAGGGCCACUCUCGCGAGCAGAUCAAGGCUGUCGGCAUCACAAACCAGAGAGAAACGACCGUCGUCUGGGACAAGACUACUGGAAAGGCACUGCACAACGCCAUCGUCUGGACCGACACUCGCACUCAGGAGCUGGUUCGUCGGCUGAAGCAACGCCUUGGCGCCGGCGAGCUGACCUCACGAUGCGGUCUUCCUCUGUCGACGUAUCCUUCGGCAAGCAAGCUUCUAUGGCUCCUGGAAAACAUCCCCGAGGUCAAAGAUGCCUACGAGCGCGGCGUGCUGGCCUUUGGUACUGUUGAUACCUGGCUAACGUACAAGCUCAACGGCGGGACCGCACGCGAUGUCUACGUGUCCGAUCCGACCAACGCAUCGAGAACCAUGUUUAUGAACAUUGAGACACUCAACUACGACGAUGAGCUGAUCGACUGGUUCCGCCUUGACCGCAAGAAAGUCUUCCUGCCGAAGAUUGUGCGGUCCUCAGACACCAAGGCAUAUGGCUCCCUGGCCAGCACCUCGUUGAAGGGUACCAAAAUCAUGGGCUGCCUGGGCGACCAGUCCGCCGCGCUUGUCGGCCAGAAGGGAUUCACACCCGGUCUCGCGAAGAACACCUACGGCACCGGAUGCUUCCUGCUCUAUAACGUCGGCCCCAAGCCCGUCAUCUCAACCCACGGCCUGCUGACGACCGUCGCAUUCGACUUCGGCGAGGGCAAGACCAUGUACGCCCUGGAAGGCAGCAUCGCCGUGGCGGGGUCCAGCGUCAAGUUCCUCGUCGACAACUUCGGCUUCAUCGAGUCGUCGUCCAAGCUCAGCGCCCUCGCCGAGACGGUCGAGGACAACGGUGGGUGCACCUUCGUCACGGCCUUCAGCGGCCUCUUCGCGCCGUACUGGAUCGACGAUGCCCGUGGCACCAUCUUCGGGUUGACGGCGUACACGCAGCGCGGGCACGUUGCGCGCGCCACGCUCGAGGCUACCUGCUUCCAGACCAAGGCCAUCCUCGAGUCCAUGGAGAAGGACAGCGGCCAGGCGUUGACGGAGCUUGCUGUUGAUGGCGGCAUGUGCAACUCGGAUCUCAUCAUGCAGACCCAGGCCGACCUCAUCGGCAUCCCCGUCAAUCGACCCGGCAUGCGCGAGACGACGGCCCUCGGCGCCGCCAUCGCCGCCGGCCUCGCCGCGGGGGUCUGGAAGGACUUCAGCGACCUGGCGAACGUGAAUAUGGAAGGCCGAACCAUGUUCCAGCCGAAGAUUGAGAAGGAGGAGGCGACGACACGGUUUGCUCGCUGGGAGAAGGCGGUGCGGAUGAGCAAUGGAUGGUUGAACUAAAUAUCCCUGUAGCCCGUUUUUAUUUAUUUACUUAUUUAUUUAUUUAUACUUUUCUGCCUGUCUAUCAGUUAUUAGCUAGCAUAUUAUAUUCG